AUGAAGUGCGACUGCCUGGCUAGAAGAGCUAUUCUUUUCGUCACUUUCAUCAUAGUGACCACAGUUCUUUAUGGCUUUACGACGAAAUUUUUGUUUACCGCUCCCAACUAUGAUGAUGUGAGCAUUGAUCCGGAAGGAGGAAGCUACUACGACUAUGGAUCCAAGGUCGCUGCUGCUGUCUGGAAGGGUGCUGGUCAAUGGAUUGGGAUGGCGGAGCCCAGUUCGACCAGUACGACUUCCACCUCAGGAAAAAACAGCGAAUUGCAAGCGCAAGAGCAAAGCCAGGACCUAAGUUCGACACAGAGCGAUGCACUGGACCCGGAACAAUCUUUGUGGCUAUAG